AUGCUGGCGGGGAUGGACCUCUUCGACAAGAAAUUGGAGCUUCUCCAGCUCUACUACCCCGGCUACUCCGCGUCUGUGCUCAGCGAAAUCUUGCGUGGUUGCCAUGGAGACGUUGCCCAGGCCAGAAAGCUCAUUGAUGGGCCUGCAAAGCUGAAGGCUCCAGUGCAGCGCACCCUUCCGGUGAAACGCAAGGCCGAGCCUUUAGCCCCAGACGCCCAGAAGCGCACCGCACAGGGCCCCUUCCACAGAACAAUCACCCUCAACACGCCUGACGAUGUCAACGAGCACUUGGGUUGCUAUGCGCUGCUUCAUCUCAAUUUUUUCCCUCAGGAGCUUGCAGACGGCUUGCUACACGAGCUUGUCUCGUCUAAAAACAAGUUCCAUUCUAGGCAAUUUUAUCUUUUUGGCAAUUUAUGUCAGCUGAACAUGAUGGUGGCUCCGUUUGCAGCCCGCGACAACGACUGCCCUGCCUUGGUGUACAAUGGGCUCGCGGUAGGAGGCUCUGCUGGGCCUCAUGAGUACACACACCGCUUCGAUCUGGCUGCGAAACGCUUGGAAACCUGGAUGAAUGAGACGGUGAUCCCCGGAUCGAAACGGCUUCCUUUUCAGCGGAAAGAUCGCUGGAAAGCCGGCUUUUGCGUGGUAAACAUGUACGAGAAAUUGAACAAUCACUUGGACUGGCAUCUGGACAGACUUUCCAGCAUCGGUCCGCAUAACUUCAUAGCAUCGGUGCUGCUUGGGCUGACGCGAUACAUUCCCCAUGAUAGACUCCAAUUGCUAGAGGAAGCGCUAAGCAGCACUAGCGAUGCUGCAAUCUAUAAGAAUGGAAGUAACUUGGUGCAAGAAAAGCCACUGUCGUACGACUCCAAGCAUUCGUAUGUCUACGUUUCUGAUCACGAGGAUGAACCUGAGGAGAGUGACAGACAAGGAUCCAAAAGCCCUGACCACGAGGAACAGCUUCCUGAUUUCUCAAGAAUCAAGUCACUAGGACUAGUGUUUGACAUAUUGUCGCAAAACCAAGAUGUUUCUCACCCAAUGAGCUCAGAGUGUGCUCAGCUACUUAUCAAUAACUACAAAUUCAAGUUUGAUCAAAGCCAACGCGAGAAGGAGUACUACAUUUCGUUUUUGAAGAAACUAAGGGAGAGGGAGAAUAACUUUUCAGCAACUGCAGAGGCUGAGACAGACACAAAAUUGGCGGAAACAGCCCAGGAGUUACUCCUGCUUCAUGAUCUAGAACGUAACAAGCUCGAGGAACUCGAGGAGUUGGAGAAGACGUACGAGGAUUUGCAAAGUCAGCUAAGUGAACUAGAUGAACAGCUUGAACAACUCAAUUCAGAGAGCCUCAAUGACGUACUCCGACUCAAAAACACACUUACAAUGGAUCUCUCGCAGAAGCAGAGCCACCUCGACCAUUCCAAAGCAUUGUACCAGAAGCAGCUAGACCACCUAGACUCCCUACGCACGAUAAAUAUCUUCAAUCGCUUAUUCCAAAUUCUGUUUGACGGGAGCGAACCCUGCGGCAGAAUAAAUGGGUUCCGGCUCGGUCACAAGAUGCCCUGGCCAGAGAUCAACGCUGCACUUGGCCAAAUUGCUCACCUUCUCAAAUUCCUCAUGACAAGGUUGAAGGUUGAUGUCGAUGGUUACAAGCUAGUGGCUAUGGGCUCGAAAUCGUACCUCGUGAAGACGUCAAGACAUGCCCCCGAAGAAGGCCGCAGCCAGAAUUCACCCGUUCUACAGCUACACUCGACCAAUGAGUUUACUCUUGGCAAGCUCUUUAACUUCAACAAACUCGAUGUGUCGAUGAUCGCUUUGCUAGACAUUGCAAGCCAGCUUGAGGCGAAGAUCACCGAGUAUGAUGAGGAGUUUGAGCUCCCGUACCCAAUUGCACCAAACCACGACAAGAUCGGAGGGAAAAGUAUCCGUGUCACGCUGAACAACCGCUGGACGGAGGCGUGCCGGUUCUUUUUGACGGACUUGUCGUGGAUGCUCACCUUUGCCAGCGCAAGAGGCGACACGUCUACAUAG